CAUAACGCUCCGCGCGCUCUCUCAAGCCGGUUGUUAGUUCACAAACCGGUUUGGUAGUGACAAGGUAUACAGUGAUACCAAAGUGUUGACACAGUGGUCUAGUGUUUAGUUUGAAUGGAUUGUUAUUCAGUGGAAAUGGAAGAUAAGCCGUACAGUGUGGAUAGUUCCGAUGAUAUCAAUAUUGAAGAGGAAGAAGAACAUAUCGAGGAAAAUCACAGUUAUCCACCCGACUUCCCAAUUGAAGCCUUGGUGAAGCUGGAGCGACCGUCGCCUCCGUUGCCGACGCCGCCGCAUACGCCCACAGACGACACGCCUCCGGCCGUCGUGAUCUCCCGCCACCAACCCGCCUGGACCCCACCCGCACCCCAAUACCCCACCUACCCCAGACCUGCCAUGCAGACACCCUACCCUUACGAAAAAGUCCCAGUCCCAAACUACAACCACCCAGCCAUGUCCGCGUACGUGCAAGCUCAAGUCGCGGCGUUACCUCCAUCUGCACCUUACCACGCUAUGUUGGUCAAUCAGUGGAUCAGAAACGCUGCUUUAUACCAACAUUCUUUGAGAUACCCUGGUGUCAUGCAAAGAAUGCCUGGCAGAAAUCCGCCUCCAAUGCGAGCACCAGGAGUGCCGGGAACAAGACCCAAAAAGCAAUUCAUUUGCAAAUAUUGCAACCGACAGUUCACUAAAUCCUACAAUCUGCUCAUCCAUGAAAGGACGCAUACGGAUGAGAGGCCCUACUCCUGUGACAUCUGCGGAAAAGCCUUCAGGAGACAAGACCAUCUAAGAGAUCAUAGAUAUAUUCAUUCAAAAGAGAAGCCGUUCAAAUGCACGGAAUGCGGAAAGGGCUUUUGCCAAUCCAGAACACUGGCAGUUCACAAGAUUCUGCACAUGGAAGAGUCCCCGCACAAGUGUCCAGUUUGUAACAAGAGUUUCAACCAAAGAUCGAACUUGAAGACCCAUUUGUUGACCCACAGUGACGUUAGCAAACAUCAUUUAGAUCAUCUUGAGGGUUGUCAAGAAGUUUCUUCGACGAGCCAGGUUGCAGAUAACUCAUUAUUAGAUUUGUCACAUAAACCUUCUCCACCACCUGUUUCUCAACCACACCCACCCAUGCCAAGUCCACACAAUUCACCAGUGGAAGCACCUAAGAAAACGCUAGGAUUUUCCAUUGAAGAUAUCAUGAGGCGUUAGUUGUAUAAAAAUUAAUUAAUAGUUCUAGUAUAUUUUGUUACAUUAUUUGCCAAAUUUGUCUUGAAUACAUUAGCAAUUCUGGAAUUUCAAUCAUUAGUCAUUCUAUUGUGUAUUAUUAUUUGCCAAAGAAACAUUAAUUUGACUGAUUAGUUUUUGCUCAUCAUUAACAUCUGUACUUGUUUAAUUAUUUCUAUCCUUAUCAUUAUUUCUAUCAAGUUACUUUUUGACAAACUGGCUAUAGUUUGAGACACGAUCUUACUAAAAGACUGAAAUUAUUGUUUAAUAUUAAUUGUUGUUGUUUUCUUAGAUAUUUAUUUAUUGUGAUAGUUUUUAUUUAGGGUUUAUGUUUGUGGUUAACUAAAGUUACCGAAAAGUAUUACCAUCGUUUUAAGUUACUUUUAUCCAAAUUAUGUGGCUAUGACAUCCGAUCAUGUUCAAAUUUAAGAUUGUAGUAAUGUAUGUAUAACUAAAUUUAUAUUAGAUAAAUAUAAUUAUAAUGUGUAUAUAUAUAUGUUGUAAAUAUUUCAUAAAUAGAUAUUAAGUCAUGGAGGCUACUUAUAAAAACGCAUAUAAAGAAAA